CCCCUCUCUCUUCUCUCUCUUGCUAUCACUCCUUGGCGACGCUGUUUUUAAUCUACUUUUCCUGUUGGUGACACAAAAACACUUUUUCAAACAACCUCUGUUUUAUUUUCCUUCGCUCGCGCUUCCUAUAAAGGAGAAAGCAAAACGAGCCUCUAUCGUUAGUGUCGAUGUAGCUCUCUCGUCGUCCGCACCGUAUUAUGUCCUCAAACUGACCAUCUACAACAAUCAUCAGAGUUCAACAUCAAAGCCUGACAUCGACAAAUUCGCUGAGAAGCAUUAGCAAAAAACACUAUCGAAACGAUGGCCCUACUGAAAUUCAUCAUAGGAACCUGUUUGGUGGUUGGCGUUUGGGCCCUAUCUACUCAACUACAGAACUCUGUUUUCUCAUCUGCAUACUCAAUGUUGCUUCUCUUCAUCCAGAUGAUAUUUAUCCAGACUGCUAUAAUGCAUUUCAACAGGAAGACUUACAUUGAUCCAGAACGGAAAGCUGUUCUUAUAACAGGUUGCGAUACUGGAUUUGGCCAUGAACUGGCCAUGAAAUUGGAUCAGAAAGGCUUUUCUGUGUAUGCUUGUUGUCUUUUUGCGGAUGGAACUGGCGCGAACAUGUUGCGAGAAAAGAUGUCCUCGAAGAGCAAAGUAAUACAACUGGAUGUUGUCAGCGAUGAACAGAUACAAAAAGCGGUGAAAGAUGUCAGGAGCGAUCUCGGGCAUAACAUGCUGUGGGCUCUUGUGAAUAACGCUGGAAUUGCCGAAAUAUCAGAAAUUGAAUUUUGUGCUGUUAGCCAAUUCCAGCAUAUCAUGAACGUUAAUGUAAUGGGAAUGGUGCGUGUGACGAAAGCUUUCUUGCCCUUACUUCGUGAGUCAAAAGGCAGAGUCGUCAAUGUGGCCAGCCUUGCAGGUCGAUUCACGCUGCCAGCAUUCUCUGCGUACUCUAUGUCCAAAGUUGCAUGCAUUGCCUUCUCAGAUGGAUUGCGACAAGAGAUGAACAAAUUUGGAAUUAAAGUCAUAACGGUUGAGCCAGGACUAUACAAGACUCCAAUUGUAAACGAGGACAGCGUUGAAAAUAAGAACAGGAAGUGCUGGGCUGAGACACCAAAAGACAUCACCGAAGUGUAUGGCGAAGAAUAUUUCGACAGUUUCAUAAAAUCGAUUAGGACACACUUGAAACGAGCCCGUAGCAAUGUCAGCGAAGUGGUUGAGAUGAUGGCGGAAGCUGUGUGUAUAGAGAGACCAAAGAUACGCUAUAUUCCUUACUGGGUAGCUAAUUUACGUGCAAAUAUUCUCAUGUUGCUUCCGAGUCAAGUAAAAGACUGGAUCUUUGGUCUGAGAGCGUGUAAAGUACAGCCGACUGGAUCUGCUAAGAUACAUUCUGCACACAUUCACAGUUGAAUUAUACACAGCUUGUAAAUAUGCAUACAGGUUUAUGGAUAGGUAUUUGUACAUAAUCAGACACCAUUUUAAAUAUAUCCUCAUUUAAACAGAUAACUAAAAACUUACACAAACACACGCAUAUCUACCUACAUGUAUGCAUGUGUCUU